AGCUUGUGCAGUCGGUAGCACAACUCAGAAAAUGUGGCUGCCUUCGAUUUCAAUAGAUUAUUGAUGUAUGAGAAACCUCUCGCCUUGUCAUAUCGUCUUACACAACACAACUGCUUUCAGAUACCUCAAGGAACCUCAAUUCAAAAAGAAACCUCAAUUCAAUCGCGCGACUUUCUUAAAAUGGCAGAGCAAGGUGUGCAAACUGCAUUUGAGCGCAACGGCACCGCCUCCGAAUUCCGCCAUCAAGCACUACCGGAUCCCAAAACAUACAUACGGUUGUCGAAAUUAGACCCUGUCGCAAUUGGAGAUACAACGACUAAGUUAAACUGUGAGGUCACGACAUGGCAUGUCGACCGUGCACCAUCUUACCAUGCCAUAUCUUACGUAUGGGGCGAUCCUACUGUUACUACCAAACUAAAGGUUAAUGGCAAAGACCUACAAAUAACCACAAAUGGUGAAUACGCGUUGAGGCAAUCACGGUGGUUUGGUGCCCUUUAUGUGUGGAUGGAUUCAAUUUCUAUCGAUCAAUCUGACGACAAAGAGAAAGGACAUCAAGUGGGCAUGAUGGGCAACAUUUAUCGCAGGGCGUCUUUUGUUUUGUCUUGUGUGGGGCCACAUAGCGAAAAUAGUGAGGUGUUGAUGACGAUUCCUUGCAAAUCGUUCAUUCCUACAGAUGAACCAGAUCAAUUUGAUGACUUUACCACCAGAAUUUCUUGUCGCUAUCGAAGAUCCUUGCAAAUGCUGAAUGUCUUUGCUUGGUCAGUUCAAACUCAAAAUGUCGAAAAAGAAACAAUGUUUAAUUCACUCUACUCUUUCAUGCAGAGACCCUACUUCAGGCGUUUAUGGGUCCUGCAAGAAGUUUCUGUUGGCAAGGAUGUAAUUGUCUGCUGCGGGAUUGAUCAUCGUCCGAUUACCGACUUGUUUGGGCUACGCAAUUUGCUACAUCAGGCCGUGUCGCUGAAUAGCUCUUGGUUUCGUUUGUCACGGAUACGUAGGCUGGUUGAUGCUGUGUUUUUCCCCCACGCCACUUUGUUACAAGUGUUGGGAGAUAAACGGGAAUAUUCAAAACUUUGCAUGCAUAUGGGAUCUGACGGCUGUAAGAAUGUAUGUCACCGCUACUUAGAACAUGGGGCCACUGAUCGCCUUGCGACGUUCUCCUUACGUUACUUAUGGAAUGUAAGCAUAGGUUUAAAAUGCCAAGAUCCGCGGGACAAGAUUUAUGGGCUUCUUUCUGUUGUUGAAUGGAAAGAUAUUCCACCUAUAGAGCCAGACUAUGAAAUAGGUGCCUUCGAUGUUGCAUUAAAAGCAAUGGAGACGUUCCAGAAACAAAGCACCGCACUUCUAGAUGCCGAAGCUUUACGACUUGCCGACUCGCUUAACCGGCUGAUGUUGCUACAUCUCGCUCAUGAAACCCCAAAGAACACUACUCUAGAAGAUCAUACGGUGCGCGAGGCCAAAAUUGAAGAUUUGAACUCACAGUGUUUUACUGACGAUCAUUGGUUUUCUUGUGAGAUUACUAAAGACCACAGAAAUAUCUGGAAACUGGGCAUAGAGUUCGACUCCAUGUCUCAUCUGGAUCAGGAGAGACUCGGACAUAUAUGCGGGGUCCAUCCAAGUAAGACUCACUGUCAACAAAGAUUUUCGUUUGGGAACCUGGAAGAUAGAAUCUCAAACAAAUAUGUUCAAAUCAAGGAUCACGAAGGAAAUCUCAUGGCAUUACUACCUCAGGGUGCAAAAUCAGGAGACUUGCUCGUGGGAGUUUGGGUCAGGUUCAGAUACGGAGUGCAAAGGAGAACAAAAACACCCCGUUAUCUAGUGUUGCGCAAAAGAGAAUCCGGAUAUCACACCAUCUUUGGCCAGGCUAUAGUUGCGGGAGCAUGUGCACAGGGCUAUGACAAUACUUACCCAUGGUUUCGUGGAUAUUAUGAUAACCGAGACGUACUCAACUUGAUUAUCUCUUGGGCUCAAUGUCUAGCUUAUAAGGAGGAAGACCUUUCACUAAUGACCUGGGAUAUGGCAAAAGACCUGCUUGAUCUCAAAUUAUGCAAUCAGCCCUUCUCAUCGUACGCACUCAAGCAGACCGAUCUGAGUUGGAGCCCACUUCCCUAGACAAAGGAUACAAUAUGGCUGUUGAAGUUUAAUAUAAAGUUCCUCGGAUAAUAAAUCAUUUAUUUAAGUUAUUUAAUUUAGUGUAUGUUAAUAUAUUUUCAAAGGUUUU